AUGGGUAUCAAGACCAACAUUACUCUUUACACUGAGGGAACCCCCAACGGUCUAAAGCCUACCAUCUUGCUAGCAGAGCUAGGUUUGGAGUACAAGCUCGUACCGAUCAAUAUUAUCGCCCAGGAAAACAAAGAGCCCUGGUUUGUCAAGAUUAAUCCAAACGGCCGCAUCCCGGCAUUGACCGACGUCGACGAGAAUGGCAAGGAGAUUCGCAUCUUUGAGAGUGGUGCCAUUCUGGAGUACCUCGUCAUCAAUUACGACAAGGACCACAAGGUCUCGUAUCCCCACAACUCUCCCGAGUACUGGGAAACUGUGUCUUGGUUGACGUGGCAAAUGGCCGGCGUAGGCCCUAUGCAAGGACAGGCAAAUCACUUUGCUAGGUCCGCUGGCGAGAAAGUCCCUUACGCUCUUAAUCGGUACGUUCAUGAGACUCGGCGUCUCUACCGCGUCUUGGAUACUCACCUAGCCGCGAAUUCGUCGGGCUACAUUAUUGGCGACCGUGUCACCAUUGCCGACAUUGCCAUUUGGCCGUGGGUCGGCGCUUACAAGUACAGUGGCCUCUCGUCCAUUGACGAGUUCCCCCACGUCAAGAAGUGGUUGUACACACUCCUCGUGCGCCCGGGGUUCGAGGAGGGCCGCAACGCUCCCGGCCCCCACAAGUACUUGGAUAUGAACUCAAUGUCCGAGGAAGAGCUCAACGCCAUUGCAGCAUCGCUCGGGACUUGGAUUCUCGAUGCGAUGAAGCGUGAUGCCGAGGCAUGA